AUGGCGACGACCACUCAAAUCCUCUUCAACUCCCCCGCGCUACACUCGCUGAAGAGAGAGCAGCUCGUCAAGCUGUGCAAAGUCCACUCGUUAAAGGCCAACGGCAAGAACACCGAGCUCAUCGACCGGCUGAAGCAAUAUGCUCAGACGCUGCCGCAGGACGCGCCGCUGAGCAUUUCUGCGCGGAAGGAGAAUGGGGAGGAGCAGGGCAGUAGUGAGGAAGACGGAGAGGACGAUCCUGAAGCAGCUGCCACUUGCGGAGUAGUGCGGCCCAUUAUGGAGAGGAUCGACGAAGUAGACGAGAAAACCUCGUCUUCCCGGGGUACUCUGUCGAGCAUGAGAACCACAGGGACCUCAAGCGGCGAAUUUGGGUCUAAAUCAUCAGCGACUUCCGUUGGCUCCUCGAUCAAGGCCCUGGCGUCGUCCCUGGGUCUUAAGAGAGCACUCACAUCCAACUCCUCUUCGAAGUCGUCACUGAAGAUGUCCCAAUCCAACGCAUCCCUCAAAUCCAUUCCCUCCGUCCCAUCCGUGCCGAAGCACGUCCGCGACGAACUUCUUGCUCACGCUAGACCAUACUCUUCCAUUCCGCCACCCUCUCCUUCCUCGCUACCCCAGACCGACCACUUUACCUUCGACCCCGCCCUUGCCUCGAACCAAUCCUACAACCCAAGUGCUCUAACGUUCGCGACCGACGAUGAUCCCCUCCCCGGUCAUGUACUCCGCCCGGGCCAGCCGGCGCCCGAGCACGCGCGGCUCUCCCUAGGGCAAGGGCCCGCGACACCCUCGGCAUCGAAGGCUCCGACAACGACACUUAGACUCGUGUCAAACCCAGGUGGCUCGAAGUCGUCAAGCUGGGACGACGACGACUUGCCAACCGUCGGGACUGUACCCGCAACCCCGCAGCUCAAGCCUUUCCAUACCACUUACGACCUGAUCAUGGACACUCCAGCCGUGGGGUCCAUAUACCCAUCCUUGAAGUUCUCGCCAGCGGACGAACAGAAGAAACCCAGUACCACGCCCGAUGAGGAUGUCGAGAUGCCUGGCGCGUUUGACAGUCCGACGCGCGCCACGUCGAACUCGAUCAGCGCCACCUCGCCCACGCCCGAGCCCUUUAUCUUCGGCUCGCCCAACCCCAAGCACCGCGUCUCGGACGCGCAGUUCUCGGACGCCGCGCGCAAGGUGUUCGAGGAGAUGAACAAGCGGCUGCAGGCGGAGGGCGGGCAGACCAUCGACAGUGCGCUGCUCGGGAAGCUGCGCCCGGGCGCGCAUUCUGGUCCUGUACCAGUGGAAUCAAAGGCGGAUCGCGAGAUCAAGCCGCUGAAGCGCACGAGCAUCAGCCGGAAGUUCGACGAGGCGCACGCGGCGGAAUUUGAGAAGAUGGAAAGUAUCAAGGACGUGGCUGACCGGCGCGCGGCGGCGAUGGCGGCGAAGAAGGAGAAGGGGGUGACACCGCCCGCGCAGAUGUCGGGCCAGAAGCGCAAGUCGAGCGUGCUGGAAACUGAGGGUGCCGGACCGUCAAAGCGCCCGACCCGUCCGUCGAAUACGCGCGUGAUCAGUAACUCGCGGCGCAACCUGCCAGGCGCGUUUGGCGACGAUAGCGAUGAUGACGAGGAGAGGCCUGCGCCGCAGGAUGAGGCGCGUGCGAAGAAGCCGCGUCUGUCGUACGCGGAGGCACCGCAGGAUCCAGAGGAACAGGCGCGGAAGGAGCGCGAGCGUGAGGCUGUCAAGCGCAGGCUUGAGGUCAACAAGGCGCGACGCCGCAGCAGUGCUGGCGUCAAGGGCAGGGCGAGCAUAGGCAAGCCUGCUCCGAAGGCCAAACCCUCUCGCUUCGGCUUCUUCUCAGCUGCGAAGUCAGUUGUUACCAGCGUCUGGAAUCGCGGGAAGACGGCUGCUCCUGCGCCGCCGUCCAACAUUCCCAAACCGGCUGUUACGGUUAGCAAGCCGGCCCCGGCGCCUAAGAAGCCUUCACUGCAGCCCACGAUGCCUCCGCCGAGCAGUGCGGCGUCGAAGUCGCAGUCAUCCAGAGUCACGUCGUCUUCGAAGUCUAAUGGCAAGGACGCCGACACCACCAGGGCCUCCAUCACGUCCAACAGUGGCCGUGUUCGGUCGCCUAUUCCACCCUUUAGCGACACUGGCUCCAAGCGCAAUAGCGCGGCGCUAGGGAGCAUGGGUCCGCCUGCUGUACCUACGGGUGCUCGGGCGCGUAACAGCUCGAUGACCGGCGCGUCGUCCAUGGGUACGCGCACCAGCACCUCGAAUGCCAGCCGUGUGUCGUCGCUCGGUACCAAGGGCACCCUGGGAGCUGCAGAGGGCUCGCGGUCCUCGCGCAUCCCCUCCAUCGGCAGCUCGAAUACGCGCAACUCGACCUCAUCGCGCUUGCUGGCUCCUACGGCCAGCUCGCUCGCCAAACAGCACGCGCCUACGUCGACGACGUCCAAGCUGACCUCUCUUCCUGGUACUUCGCACCUCCCGCGCCCCGCAAACACGCCCUCGAAGUCCGCGCUCAACCCUAUAACGAACGUCACGUCGCCCAAUCCUCGUCCCGGUGGUAUCUUCAGCAGCGGCAUCCCUAUGCCCUCGCCGCCGAAGCCGUCUACAUCUACCAACCCUAUGAGCCCUUCGGCAAACCCCCUCAGCCCCACCUCCUCCGUCUUCAGUCCCGCACCACCCAAGCCAGCGGUCGCCCGGAAGCCCACCAUCACGCGCAAGCCGCGCAUCUCGCGAGGACGCGUCAUCGCGAAGCUCGCAUCGCAGCGCGCGGCGGCGGCUGGUCGUACUGCAGGCGCGGGCGCAACGCCGGGCAAGACGCGCUCGAGCUUGGGCGCGCGCGUCGCGCGGCAGAGCCUGGGGACGAAUGUUGGGGUGGGGAAGGGUAUUGGCGCGAAGGGCCCACGGGCGAGCAUCGGCGCGGUGAAGGCCGGCAGGGCGAGUGCGGGUGUGGUGGUGGGUGCAAAUGGGUUGAGGGCGGGGAGGGCGAGUGCGGGGGAAGGGCCGGUGCUGAUGAGUGCGAGGAAGCGCGCGCGGCAGAGUGAGUAUAUGCGGCGGAAGAGUCGGGCGGCGACAGCGAGCUCGGAUGCGAUGGAUGUGGAUGGCUGA